UGCAGAUUUGAAAGGAUCUAUGGAAAUGAAGUGAUUAAAAUGAUGGAAUCAAACUGAAAUUUGGUACAAUGAGAUGACUCAAUAGUAGGUUGAACUUUGAAUGCUAAUCCACACAAGCUGUUUGACACCCAUCCUCUUAUUUGGGAUCAAACUCUUCAUUUUAUCUCUUAUUGGUCAAAGAUCUGAUAAGAUUAAUUUUUCAGAAAAAAUUAAGAGUAUUUAUGACUCGCAUAAAACCAUAGAGAUUGUGUUGGUUUUUUACUUGUUUGGCCUCUUUUUGAGGGUAGUCACGGUUCUUUGAGGCAAACAAUACAAUAUGGCUGUGACACUUCCUCUCCUUCCCGCCAAAACCCCAACUGCCAAAACCUCCAUUUCACUAUUCCCUGAAAACCCUAAGACCCUAAUCUUAGAGCAAUGCAAAACCAUCAGAGACCUGAAUGAAAUCCAUGCCCAUCUCAUCAAAACGCGCCUUCUCCUCAAACCGAAAGUCGCUGAAAACCUCCUUGAAUCGGCCGCCAUACUUCUGCCCACUUCUAUGGACUAUGCUGUCUCCAUUUUCCGCCAAAUCGAUGAACCCGAUUCACCGGCCUAUAACAUUAUGAUAAGGGGUUUCACAUUGAAGCAAUCACCCCAUGAAGCCAUUCUUUUGUUUAAGGAAAUGCAUGAAAAUUCUGUACAACCAGAUGAAUUCACGUUUCCCUGCAUUUUGAAGGUUUGUUCUAGACUGCAAGCUUUAAGUGAAGGAGAACAGAUCCAUGCCCUGAUCAUGAAAUGUGGAUUUGGGUCUCAUGGGUUUGUGAAGAACACUUUAAUUCACAUGUAUGCAAAUUGUGGUGAAGUUGAGGUUGCUCGCCGCGUGUUUGAUGAAAUGUCUGAAAGGAAUGUUAGAACCUGGAAUUCAAUGUUUGCAGGGUACACGAAAAGCGGGAACUGGGAGGAGGUUGUGAAGUUGUUCCAUGAAAUGUUGGAAUUGGAUAUUAGGUUUGAUGAGGUCACAUUGGUUAGUGUUCUAACCGCUUGUGGGAGAUUGGCUGAUUUAGAACUGGGAGAGUGGAUAAAUAGGUAUGUAGAAGAGAAAGGGCUGAAGGGGAAUCCCACUUUGAUCACUUCUCUCGUUGAUAUGUAUGCAAAAUGUGGUCAGGUUGAUACUGCAAGGCGAUUAUUUGACCAAAUGGAUCGCAGGGAUGUUGUUGCGUGGAGCGCUAUGAUCUCUGGUUAUAGCCAAGCAAGCCGGUGCAGAGAGGCCCUAGAUCUGUUCCAUGAGAUGCAGAAGGCAAACAUUGAUCCUAAUGAGAUUACUAUGGUCAGUAUACUUUCUUCUUGUGCUGUUCUUGGAGCUUUAGAAACUGGUAAAUGGGUCCAUUUCUUCAUCAAGAAGAAGAGGAUGAAGCUCACUGUUACCCUUGGAACUGCACUAAUGGAUUUCUAUGCAAAAUGUGGGUCUGUAGAGAGUUCCAUCGAGGUUUUUGGAAAGAUGCCUGUGAAAAAUGUUUUGUCUUGGACAGUGCUAAUUCAAGGUCUUGCUAGUAAUGGACAAGGGAAAAAGGCUCUUGAGUACUUCUACUUAAUGCUGGAAAAGAAUGUUGAACCAAAUGAUGUGACUUUCAUUGGUGUUCUUUCUGCUUGCAGUCAUGCAGGUUUGGUUGAUGAGGGUCGUGAUCUUUUUGUUAGUAUGAGUAGAGAUUUUGGUAUUGAACCGAGGAUUGAGCACUAUGGUUGCAUGGUUGAUAUUCUUGGUCGAGCUGGGCUGAUAGAAGAGGCAUUUCAGUUCAUUAAGAACAUGCCCAUUCAGCCAAAUGCGGUUAUCUGGAGAACAUUAUUGGCAUCAUGCAAGGUUCAUAAAAAUGUUGAAAUUGGGGAAGAAUCAUUGAAGCAGCUUAUUAUAUUGGAACCCACACAUUCUGGAGAUUACAUACUUCUUUCAAAUAUUUAUGCAUCAGUUGGUAGGUGGGAGGAUGCAUUAAAGGUGAGGGGUGAGAUGAAAGAGAAAGGGAUUAAGAAGACACCAGGUUGUAGCUUGAUUGAGUUGGAUGGAGUAAUUCAUGAGUUUUUUGCUGAAGACAAUGUACAUUCUCAGUCUGAAGAAAUUUAUAAUGCUAUCGAGGAUAUGAUGAAGCAGAUCAAGUCAGCAGGCUAUGUGCCCAACACAGCAGAAGCAAGACUAGAUGCAGAAGAAGAUGAUAAGGAAUCUUCAGUGUCGCACCAUAGCGAGAAGCUGGCUAUUGCCUUUGGUCUUAUUAAAAGCCCCCCAGGAACUACAAUUAGAAUAACGAAAAAUCUCAGAGUGUGCACUGACUGCCACAAUGCAACAAAGCUUGUAUCAAAGGUUUUUAACCGAGAAAUUGUUGUCAGGGACAGGACUCGCUUCCACCAUUUCAAAGAGGGAUCAUGCUCCUGCAAUGACUACUGGUAAACCAUAGGGCCUAUUUAUAUUGUGGAACCAUGGAGGGAUGCUACCAGAUAGGAGGUUUUGUAUGCCAAAAGCAAUGUGAUUAGACGAUCCAAACAAUCUACUAGUGGCAUUCUUUUCAAUGUCUGAGAGGGUGGGAGAGUUUGGAGGGUUUGAUGCAUUCUUCCUGGUUUUCCGAAAAUAAAUUGGGUAGGCAGUUUUGGGCAUAGAAGAGCACUAUUAGGGGAAGCCACUGGCUAUAUCUUUUCUGUUGAGUGUAUACUACAUUUUGGAGGAAGCUUGAGUUGGUGUCAUGCUUGAUGAUUCUGUAUCAUCUAUUUUUCUUUGCCAAGAUAUAAAAAUCACCCCUCAUGGGCUGUUUCUUUCCUUAGAAA